GCCGGGCAGGCAGGAAGCUGCGGCUUAAAAGAGCAGCCGGCGCCGGGCCCGUCCUCCCUCCCGCCGCCCCCGGCCUCCGCGAGCGCCUCUCCGCCGCGGCCUCCGCCCCGCCGCCAUGUACCGCUGCCUGGGCGAAGCGAUGCUGCUGGCCCGCGCCGGGCCCGCCGCCCUGGGCUCGGCAGCCGCCGACGCGGCCUCGCUGCUGGGCCGGGCCCGCGGGCAGCCCGCCGCCGCCCCGCAGCCGGGGUUCGUGCCGCCCGCGCGGCGACACUACAGCGAGGCGGCGGCCGACCGCGAGGACGACCCCAACUUCUUCAAGAUGGUGGAGGGCUUCUUCGACCGCGGCGCCAGCAUCGUGGAGGACAAGCUGGUGGAGGACCUCAAGACCCGGGAGAGCGAGGAGCAGAAGCGGAACCGGGUGCGCGGCAUCCUGCGGAUCAUCAAGCCUUGCAACCAUGUGCUGAGCCUGUCCUUCCCCAUCCGGCGCGACGACGGCUCCUGGGAAGUCAUCGAGGGCUACCGGGCCCAGCACAGCCAGCACCGCACGCCCUGCAAGGGAGGUAUCCGUUACAGCACUGAUGUGAGUGUAGACGAAGUGAAGGCUUUGGCUUCUCUGAUGACUUAUAAGUGUGCAGUGGUUGAUGUGCCAUUUGGGGGUGCCAAAGCUGGUGUUAAGAUCAAUCCUAAAAACUAUACCGAUAAUGAAUUGGAAAAGAUCACGAGGAGGUUUACCAUGGAGCUGGCAAAGAAGGGCUUUAUUGGUCCUGGCAUUGAUGUGCCUGCCCCAGACAUGAGCACGGGAGAGCGGGAGAUGUCCUGGAUUGCUGACACCUAUGCUAGCACCAUAGGGCACUAUGAUAUUAAUGCCCACGCCUGUGUCACUGGGAAGCCCAUCAGUCAGGGCGGAAUCCAUGGGCGGAUCUCUGCCACUGGCCGGGGUCUUUUCCAUGGGAUCGAGAACUUCAUCAAUGAAGCUUCUUACAUGAGCAUUCUAGGAAUGACGCCAGGGUUUGGAGAUAAGACAUUUGUCGUUCAGGGGUUUGGUAACGUGGGCCUGCACUCUAUGAGAUACUUACAUCGUUUCGGUGCUAAAUGUAUUGCUGUUGGUGAAUCCGAUGGGAGCAUAUGGAAUCCAGAUGGUAUUGACCCAAAAGAACUGGAAGACUUCAAAUUGCAACAUGGAUCCAUCCUGGGCUUCCCCAAGGCAAAGCCCUAUGAAGGGAGCAUCUUGGAGGCCGACUGUGACAUCCUGAUUCCUGCUGCCAGCGAGAAGCAGCUGACCAAGUCCAAUGCACCAAGAGUCAAAGCCAAGAUCAUUGCUGAAGGUGCCAAUGGACCGACAACUCCGGAAGCCGAUAAGAUUUUCCUGGAGAGAAACAUUAUGGUUAUUCCCGAUCUCUACCUGAACGCCGGAGGGGUGACGGUGUCCUACUUUGAGUGGCUGAAGAAUCUCAAUCACGUCAGCUACGGCCGCCUGACCUUCAAAUACGAAAGGGAUUCCAACUACCACUUGCUGAUGUCUGUUCAAGAGAGUUUGGAAAGAAAAUUUGGAAAGCACGGUGGGACGAUCCCCAUUGUGCCCACGGCAGAGUUCCAAGACAGGAUAUCGGGUGCAUCUGAGAAGGACAUCGUGCACUCCGGCUUAGCUUACACCAUGGAGCGCUCUGCCCGGCAAAUCAUGCGUACGGCCAUGAAGUACAACCUGGGGUUGGACCUGAGGACGGCCGCCUACGUCAACGCCAUCGAGAAAGUCUUCAAGGUGUACAAUGAAGCUGGUGUGACCUUCACAUAGACGGAUUGCAGCUGACCUCCGCACCACCCUCUCCACCUCCUCAUCUGCAGACCUAUCGCGAGUUUACAUGUAACCACGGAAGUCUAUCUCCUCAUGACUUAGUAGAUAAUGGACACCAUCCUCAGCAAGUCAAUCCAAAUCAGCCCCUUAAGAGGAAAGAAAUUAAGCUUAGGGGAUCAUGUACAAGCUAAUGAGUGUGAGAGUAGAAAUUACCUGUGCCAGAGAGCCAUUUGGGUGUUUGGCCUUUCCGUAGAAAGUCUCUGCCGUCUGGCUGUGCCGCCUUGCUGCGUGGCUGCUUGCCAGCGCCGGCAGGGCUGUGGCCCCAGGGAAGCACCUGUUGUCCAGAAGCCGUCAGCUGCUUGCUGCUUCAGCUCUGGACAGGUCUGAGACGUGCCCUGACUUCGACACAUUUAAGAAGCAGGUGUCUGGCACCUUCAGAAGGUGGCAUGGUCCUCAAGUGAGUUAUUGGUAUUUUACAUCAGCAAAAUAACUCAGUUUUACAGGUUACAAACAAAACAGAAGCUCUUUCUCUUUAUGCAUUUUAUUCUUUUAGAAUAAAAUAAGUACACGCUGCUGUAAUAAAAUUGCCUUUGAUCACUUAACAAGCCUAACCCUGACUCAAGCAGUGAAUGCCUAUAAACAUAAUAAAUGAGAAAAGCUAGUAUUUUUAUAACAUAAAACAGUAUCCUUUAUAGCUUAUCAAUCGUGUAUUGUUGUCCAGCAAAAAUAAAAAGCCCAAUGGAGAAUUAAGUUAUCUUCAUAGCUGCAAGUGACGGGGGCUAUUUUUGUUACGACUGUCGGAAUUCACUAGCCACAAUUAUGACAUCUAGUCCAAAGAAUGCAGUAACCUCCUUAUCAUGUUAGUUCAUUGUUCUUCUCUUUGGAAGAUCUGUUGUGUUGACUAAUUAAACAAUAAUUCAAGUAGAAUGUCCCAGAAAAAAAACCCUUGGGCUCUGUGUUUGGAGUCUGCCUGGCAGCUCUGAGCGUUGCCAGUGGCCCCGACUUGGCCUGACUCUGCGUCCUCUUUCAAAGGCCUCACAUUCUGCACACCGCUUCCUUGACAGUGGGCUGAAAACACCCUUGGGGUGAGUGUUUUGUUUGGGAGUUAUUUGGCCAGGGCCUUUUCCAUAGUAGUGUCCCAAUGAAGUACUAGAUAUUAUUUAUGUAAGAAUGAGCUUUUUUUUUUUUAACAAUAAUAUCCUUUCAGAAAUUUCUAACUACUUUGUAACUGCAUGACUUAACCUGGUGAUAAAAGCAGUUAUUAAAAGUCUACCUUUUCCAAA